AUGUUCAAAAACAUAUUCAAGAAAAAGCCUCAGGAUGUCUACGCUGAUAGCGAGCUGCCUAGAGAAUCUCUAUCUACUACAGAUCAUGAGAAAGGCCACGACGAUACCGUGGAUUCUCCUAUCCCGCUCUUCACGCUGCGUUCAUUUAUCAUGGGCAUUUUCGUGUCUAUGGGCGGUUUCCUUUUCGGUUAUGACACCGGUCAGAUUUCCGGGUUCCUGGAGAUGAAGGAUUUCCUUAUGCGAUUUGGUGAGCUGAACUCUUCUGGGACCUACUAUUUCAGCAAUGUGCGCUCGGGUCUUAUUGUUGGUCUGCUCUCCAUCGGCACCUUGAUCGGAGCUCUAGUUGCUGCCCCAAUCGCUGAUCGAGUGGGACGCAAGUGGUCUAUCAGUGGCUGGUGCUGGAUCCUCAUGGCUGGUGUCACUGUGCAAAUCUCGUCCCCCGACCACAAAUGGUAUCAAGUUGCAAUGGGCCGUUGGACAGCAGGUCUUGGAGUCGGUGCGUUGUCCCUGCUUGUGCCAAUGUACCAGGCAGAAUCAGGACCAAGACACAUUCGAGGAGCUUUGGUUAGUACGUACCAGUUGUUCAUCACCCUCGGCAUCUUCGUUGCGAACUGUAUCAAUUUCGGCACCGAAAAACGCACCGACACUGGUUCCUGGCGUAUCCCUAUGGGAAUCACCUACCUCUGGGCCCUCAUCCUCGGCGUGGGAAUGAUCUUCUUCCCCGAAAGUCCUCGCUUCGAUUACCGCCACAACAAAGAGGAGCAAGCACUGAACAACCUCUCCAAGAUCUACGGACUCCCCCGAAACCACCGUGUCCUGAAAAUUGAAUUCGAAGAGAUCAGGUUGAAAUACGAGGAAGAAGUCCGCAACGGCAAAAUCGGCUGGGUGACUUUCUUCAAAGCACCGACGAUGGCGAAGCGAGUUGCUGUGGGUGUCACCUUACAAGCUCUGCAGCAGCUGACAGGUGCCAAUUACUUCUUCUACUACGGGACCGUAGUGUUCCAGGGUGCUGGUAUCCAGAACAGCUACGUUACGCAGAUGAUUCUGGGCGGCGUUAACUUUGGCUCUACCUUCCUUGGUCUCUACUUGAUCGAGCACUACGGUCGUCGCCGGUCUCUUAUCGCCGGUGCUUUGUGGAUGUUCGUCUGCUUCAUGAUCUUUGCCUCUGUGGGUCACUUCUCCUUGAACCGCGACCAUCCAGAACAAACACACAGUGCCGGUGUGGCCAUGGUGGUCUUUGCCUGUCUCUUCAUUCUCGGCUUCGCCAGUACCUGGGGUCCAAUGGUAUGGACCAUCAUCGCCGAGCUCUUCCCUUCACAGUACCGUGCCCGCGGUAUGUCCCUCGCCACUGCGUCCAACUGGCUCUGGAACUUUCUGCUAGCCUUCUUCACUCCAUUCAUUGUCGGCGCCAUCGACUUCCGCUACGGAUAUGUCUUUGCAGGCUGUCUGUUCUUAGCCGCAGGCUUGGUCUACUUCGCCGUUAUCGAGGGCCAGGGCCGAACUUUGGAGGAGAUCGAUACUAUGUAUCUUAUGAAGGUCAAGCCGUGGAAGAGUUCCAAGUUCCAGUUCCCCGCCGAUCCGAAUAUCAUUCGUGGUUCGUUUGACAAGGGGCAGGGACAGGGCACUUCGGCACAUGUGGCUGAUGCGGGCCAACCUGACGAGACUAUGACUGGGGCAGAUGCGAAUGUGCCUACUAUCCCGGACACUACUCGCUAA